GCACCGAUUUGAGAUCGGUUUUAAUCGAUUUUUUGCUAAGCUAUUUACGAACUCACUUCCAUCUCUAUUGUUUCUAAUGUGCUCUCAAGUUGACAACAAACCAACUGUGCAACAGAUUGCACAAUUAUGUUACAACAAAUUCCGCGAAUUACCAAAAACUGGCAAACCCACAAAUGGACAAUGGACAGUAUUAUCAGGAGUAGUGCAGUACAAUAGGCGAACACAAACCAGUAAAGUAGUGUCUCUGGCAACGGGAACCAAAUGCAUUGGCCGCACUAAACUUUGUGCCAGUGGAUUCAUAUUAAAUGACUCCCAUGCCGAAGUACUCGCAAGACGUGCAUUUCUCCGGUAUUUAUACUACGAAAUACUGAAAGCCGCCAAGCAACAAAGGCAGCCACAGGAUAAGGUCGACGAAACAAUAUUCAGCUGGAAGUCAGAUUCAGUUUAUUUUAUGCUCGACAAGGAACUAGAGUUUCAUUUUCUAAGCACACAAACUCCUUGCGGGGAUGCGUGCAUAGUAGAUGAAUCUAAGGAACCAUUACCAAAACGACAACGACUUGACGUUGAUAACAGUGAUAAUGACAAUGAAAAUGGAAUCCCAUUAUGUGACAGCAAUUCAGUUUUUACAGGCGCAAAACUGAUAAAUCAGGACGUAAAGACCGGCGAUGAUUGCAUGCUUCAAACACCGGCGGCUUUACGCACCAAGCCAGGUCGUGGUGAACGUACGCUGUCCAUGUCCUGCAGCGAUAAGUUAUCCCGCUGGAAUGUGAUCGGUAUUCAAGGAGCGCUGCUUGAUAUGCUGAUUGACAAGCCCAUCUACUUCAGUAGUUACAAUUUUAGCUGUCGCUACGCACAUAUUGACAGCCUAAAACGAGCCAUUUACCAACGAUGGCGUGGUAAAAACUGUCCUCAAAGGUGCUGCCCUCCUCAAGAGCCACUGAUUCGAGUUGAUGCGACGCAAAAGUUCGAGUACGCACAACGUGCAGAUUGGCAGCCAUCACCGAGUGGUUUAAUUUGGUCUCAAAUGCCAGAAUUAUUGCGGCCUUUUGAAAUUGCGGUCAAUGGCAAACGCCAAGGCGUUACUAAGAAGCAAUUGUCCACUCCACAAGCCGCAUGUGCAGUUAGUAAAUAUAAGUUACUCCACGGAUUUCUGGAUAUUCUCCACUGCUGCAGCGAGUUGCGUGAAAAGUUGCAGCUCCAAUUGACUGAUCUGGACAGUUUGUCAUAUGCGAAGUGUAAAAAAAUGGCUGUGGAUUAUCAAUUGGCAUGGUCACAAUUGAAAUCUGAGUACUUCCAACAAUGGACCCAAAAGCCGAACAAUCUGCAAGAAUUUGCUAAGCACGCGGCGUGAAAAUGUUGUCCUUCUAGUGAAAGUAGAAUCAGGUCUAAGACAAAUGGAAGUUAAAGUAAGCAAAUAAAAUUGCAAGCUCGUUAAGUUUACCCUUAAAUGGACUAUACGAUCUAGAGUUCGCCUCGAUAGACUCACUUCGCGUUUGCACACCUAAGCUAAGAGCACACAAAACUAAAAUAAAUCAACCUCUAUUUAGUUAUAAACGUUCAAUCUCCUGCUUUACUAUUCUGUACUAAAACCCAUAUAAUUCUAUGAGUUAAUGGUGGGGACUGCUAUCAAAACCAAAAUUGUUAUUUUCCAUACAGCCUAGUCAAAAAUUUUGAGAUAUAUUAGAUACAUAAUAUAAUAAACUACUGCAGUCUGUUGCCCGAGUCCGUCAUAUUGAUGAACCUACCCAGUGAUAGUUAUUAAGAACGUGGCUCAAUGGCAAAAAAAGAGAAGAUUCAAUAAUAAAACUAAAGUAUAAAAAAAUAUUUUCAUGUUCUCCAACUUUAUAUAUGAAACCAAUGUACAGUUUCCGAUUAUUUGAGGUUUCUAUAUUUUUAGAUUUAGCGUGUUCGUAUGAAAUGGAUGAUUAAGUAAAUAGAAAUAAUAAAUAUUACAGGCACUCUGAUAGGUGAUGUCAUUGAAACUGUGGCAUUAGGAUCGAUCAUUACUCGAUUUGAACUCCAAGUGAAAUGUAUCGCUAUAAACUUGUUACGGUGUUGCUUCUUCAAAUCAUGUUGCCAUUGGCACUGGUUGAAUGCUCUAAUUUUAGCACUAGAGUCGAGUACAAGGAAGUCAAUACAGUGCCAAGUAAUUUGCAUAAAAACCUGGAGCCUUUCAAAUUAAUCGGACGCAAUUAUUAUUACAUAGCAAAGGAUGAAGAAAAUUGGUUUCAAGCUGCACAGAAAUGUCGCAAUCUAAGCAGCAAUCUUAUUAACUUAGCGAAUGACGAAGAACGUCUGUUCAUAAGUUUGUAUCUCAAUGAGACUAAGAAAUAUUGGUUGGAUCUUAACAAUCUCGGCCAGGAGGAUUAUAUUUCGAUUAGCACGGGAUCGCAUCCUGUUUAUGUCAAAUGGAUCGCUAAAGCCAUGAAAGUGGAUGACGAAAGAAAAUGCGUGGCAUUAGUAAGUGAUUCUCAAGAGAAUGGGUUUGUUAUGAAAAAGGUGAAGUGCUUAGAAAAGAGUCGAUUCAUAUGCCAACUAAAGUCUCCUCGCACUAUUUCCAUUUUGGUUUGGUGAUAAGUUGUGUAAAUUAAUGAAUAAUACAAACAUAUAUAAUUCAUUUGAUUAUAUACUUAACAUAGCUAAUGAAUCACAUGUGAAUUUAUGGCCUUCAUUAAAAAUUGUAUGUUUUUACUGUA